AAAGAGAGAAAAGUUGGAGGGAUGCAGGGCAGCACUGAAGGUAGAAGGGACUGAGCAGUGCCUUGGACCCGACCCCACUACCCACAGCCCAUUGGAUUCUGGGAAGUGCUCCUGCCUGAGAGGAAACUCAGUUCAGAAGGAGGAAGGACAGCAGAGGCCAGGUGCCUUGUUGGAGUUGAAGGUCUUCUCCUCAGAGCAAGAACAUGACAAUGAGAAGACAGAUGGAGGCAUCCUCUGUGUUUCCCUUCAAGGGGUGUACCCCCUGCCGAGGGUUCCUGCUCACAGCCUCCCUUGUAACCUGCUGGCUCCUGACUACUGCCCAGGUCAACAUUGAAUCGGUGCCAUUCAAUGUGGUUGAAGGGGAAAACGUCCUUCUUCUUGUCCACAAUCUGCCAGAGAAUCUCACAGCCUUUGCCUGGUAUAGAGGGCUGAGGAAAAUUGGAGUAUACAUACUGAACACUGAAGUAAGUGUGACGGGGCCAAUGUACAGCGGUAGAGAGACAGUGUACAGCAAUGGUUCCCUGUGGAUCCGCAAUGUUACCCAGAAGGACACAGGAUUCUACACUCUACGAACAGUCAAUACACGUGGAGAAACUGUAUCAACAACAUCCUUGUACCUCUACGUGUACACCUCUCUUUUCGUCUGUGGGCGUCCUUUUAACCCUGCCAAGCUCACUAUUGAAUCAGUGCCGCCCAGUGUUGCUGAAGGGGGGAGCGUUCUUCUCCUCGUUCACAAUCUCCGGGACAAGCUUCGAGGGUUUUUCUGGUACAAAGGGGCGUCUAUGUCUAGCAACCAUGAGAUAGCCCGAUACAGAACAGCCAAGAAUUCAAGUGUGCCAGGCCCUGCCCACAGCGGUAGAGAGACGGUGUACAGCAAUGGAUCCCUCCUGCUCCAGAAUGUCACCCGGAAUGACACUGGGUUCUACACCCUACGAACUCUGAAAAGACAUCGGAAAAUGGAAUUGGCACACGUGCAACUUCAGGUGGACACCUCCCUUUCCUCGUGCUGUGACCCUCUCACCUCUGCCCCACUCAUGAUAGAUCCAGUGCCACGGCAUGCGGCUGAAGGGGAAAGCGUCCUUCUCCGUGUUCUUAAUCUGCCAGAAGACUUUCAAGUGUUUUACUGGUACAGAGGGGUGUCUACCUUCCAGGUCUUUAAAAUUGCAGAAUAUAGCAGAGCCAGGAAUUCCAUCACCAAGGGGCCUGCAGAAAGCAGAACAGAGAGAGUGUACACCAACGGAUCCCUGCUGCUCCAGGACGUCACCGAGAAAGACACGGGCUUGUACACUCUACAAAUGAUAGACAGUAGUUUCAACAUUGAAACAGCACCUGUCCAAGUCACUGUGCACAAGCCUGUGACGCAGCCUUUCCUGAGAGUCACGGAGAGCACCAUUACAGUACAGAGCUCAGUGGUCUUCACUUGCUUCUCAGACAACACUGAGAUCUCCAUCCGUUGGCUCUUCAAGAAUCAUUAUCUGCAGCCCACAGAGAGGAUCACACUGUCCCCAUCUAAGUGCCAACUCGGCAUAAAUCCUGUCAGGAAGGAGGAUGCUGGAGAGUAUCGAUGUGAGGUCUUCAACCCAGUCAGCUCAAAGACCAGUCUCCCAGUCAGUCUGGUUGUGAGGAAUGAGUGACCCCUCCUCUCAUGCUACAGCAGAGGGGUAGCAUUCCUUUGUCAAUGAGGUACAAAAUGGAUGCAAUUUCCAUAGUAAAAAUUGUCAGUAACUGGUCAUGUACCUCCAGCAUGGUGGCUCCUGCCUGUAGUUCUGACACAACAAGGUACAGAAGAACAGGCCAAAAGGAACAGGUGCCCAAAGGAAAAUAGAGACAUCGAUACAGUAAACAGUAUUGCAACUGUGUUAAGACAUUAGGUUGUGGAUUGAAUGUAUCACCAACCCCGAGAAUCUAUGGCAACUAGUAUCAGGAGUCUCCAAACUUUGGAUGUUCCAUGUGCCCUGUUAACAUGGUCCAGUGUUUGCACAGCGACAAAUAUGCACUCAUAUGCUCCAAUAGUUUCACCUAACCCCAAGGCUGGACCCCAGUCACCCAUGGGAAGUGCAGAAGAUGGCAGAAAGGACUGACCAUUUUUCUCAGUGCACAUAACUGGCUACUAGAUAGUUUUGAUCUACAGUUUCUUUGAUGCACAGAAUUGAAAUCCUUUGUGUAAAAGCCAACUGGAAUGUUUGUAUCCUAAGGGUGGCAGGCACAACGUGACCUUGCACACAAUUCUUUUCUGUAAGCAUAAAUAAAUAAAUAUAAUAUAGAUGAUAUAUAAAAA